AUGGCCACCAAGCAGCGCAUGCUCAAGCUCUCGCUCUUCGCGCGCCGCAAGAGCCACCUCUCCGAAGACGAGUUCCAGCGCUACUGGUCCGAGACGCACCGGGCCCUGGCCACCGAGUGGUUGGUGAAGUACGGCAUUGUCAAGUAUACGCAGUACCACACGCCCUCCCACCUCCUCCCGUCCGCGCUCGCCGGGUUCCCCGCCCUGGGCAGCGCCAAAAAACUCGACUUCGACGCCGUGGGCGAGUUCCUCAUGCCGGACCUGUCGUGCUUCCAGCGCGCGCGCGAGGACCCGUACUACGCCGAGGUCAUUGCGCCCGACGAGCAGCGCCUGUUCGACUGGACCUCCGUGGAGUGGACCGUCGGGUGGGAGGAGGUGUAUAUCAAGGACGGCAGGGUGGUGGAUAUGCCGUUGGGCGAUGUCGAGGUGGUGGAGUCGAAUUCGAAGUCGGGUUCCUGA